UCUUCAGCUUCAACCAUCCCAGCAGUGCAAAUGUCCUCUCCUUACGACCACCAAGAACAAACGGAGUCAACCGAAGGCUCGAUCAACGAGCUCAGAAGCAGGAUAGGAAGAACAAGGAGCAGGCGGCGGAGGAGAAUAUCAAGCACCAGGAGCACACCUCUUUCGACUCUCCAAGCAACACUCCACCCAUCGAUUCUCCUAGCUCUAGUCCUCGUCAUCUCCGUCUCCGGAACUAUUGGGUCUCCUUCCGACGCACUGCCUCCUCCCACCGAACCCGGUCCUUCGCCCGCAUCCUCAGCCGUCCAGGCCCAGGCUACUACUCUCACUCAGCCUCAACUCAGCCAUAACUAUUCUGAUAUCUCGCCCGCCGAUUACGCGUGCCAACCAAUCGGUCCUUGUCAGCCUUGCCCAAUCGACGAGUUGAGUAAUCCAGUAUGCCAGAUUUAUCAUAACAGAAGAUUGGUGGAUUGUAUUUAUCUUGGAAAUUCAUCUUCAACAACUUCAUCUUCAUCUUCGACAUCAUCUUCAUCAACGACGACCUCUGAAUCGAAAGGACCGUCUGGACGGGCUCCACGCGCCGAGGCUUCCCAUCAGGACGACAUCGGCCCCGGGAUGGGCGCGGCCCAGUAAGCAGACCUGGGAAGCUUGCGAACGGGUCGUGUUCCCCCCACGCAAGACUUCUACGAAUUGUCUUGUGUAACGUCGUGAUCGCUAUCAUCUCGCUCAUCGUCUACGGCUUUCGGACAAAACAACUCGUGAUUAAACAGUAUGGCAAACUCGCGGCUAGGAUCGGCAUCCUUCCUUCUUGAACAAACACCCAAUCAAACACCAUCAUCGACACCCCCUGAUUAUUUUUGCUAUCAACGUUCUCACGUUUCUUUCGUUGUAUGAUCUUUACAAAUUUAAUCUUUUUCCGGAUCUCUGGGCUGUUUUUUUGUUGUUAUUUUCUCGAAGAAAUAUAUCAAAAUGUACACACUUUUCCUCUUCGUUGACUCUUAUUCCCUCUCUCUCUUUGUUCUUGGGGGGCUCAUUGGUACUUGAUGUCUAAGGCUUCGGUCUCAAUGAUCUACAUACAGCGAUUCAUAUGAAAAUCAAACUGGGA